CGUCGAUGUUCCGCGGAAUGGGAUUUCAAUAUGGCUAUCGUCGUGAUGUCUGCAGAAGCUAGUAUCGCGGAAAUGUUUUGAAUUCGUUUGAUAAUUGUGACGACAGAUUGACGUGCGAGGCAUAGGUACGUCUGCUGCAUAGCACAAACUUUCUUGUGCUUAAAGGCAUUCGUAGAAUAGUAAACUUAAUUAGAUCUUAAUUGUCGUUCGUAAUUGGGUCCCGACAGACAGUUUUGAGUGACAAUGGGGAAACAAAAUAGCAAAUUAAAACCCGAAGUAUUGGAAGACCUCAAACAAAAUACUGAAUUUUCAGAUGCCGAAAUUCAAGAAUGGUAUAAAGGAUUCUUAAAAGACUGUCCUAGUGGACAUUUGAGCGUCGAAGAAUUUAAGAAAAUUUAUGGUAAUUUUUUCCCUUACGGCGAUGCCUCGAAGUUUGCAGAGCACGUGUUUAGAACAUUCGAUGCAAAUGGCGACGGGACGAUCGAUUUUCGAGAAUUUCUCUGCGCUCUAAGCGUGACGUCCCGAGGAAAAUUGGAACAGAAAUUAAAGUGGGCCUUCAGUAUGUACGACCUUGACGGUAACGGAUAUAUCUCGCGACAAGAGAUGCUUGAGAUCGUGACGGCAAUAUACAAGAUGGUAGGGUCCGUGAUGAAAAUGCCAGAGGACGAGUCCACCCCAGAGAAGAGAACUGACAAAAUCUUUCGUCAGAUGGACAAGAAUAAGGACGGCAAAUUAUCGCUCGAUGAAUUUAUCGAAGGUGCAAAGAGUGAUCCCUCGAUCGUGCGACUGUUGCAGUGCGAUCCUAGUGCACAAGCUCAGUGAGACCCUGGGUCCGUGUGCGUUUCAAAUGCCAUCUGUAAAUACGAAUCGGGGCCCGGCCCAAUCAUAGCCCGGUUAGAGGCGAUGCAAUCAUAGAAGGGAAUCAAUAGAAAUAGAGGAAGCUGUCAAAACGAACACACAGAGAUACAAAUAUCCUCGUUUACACCUACACCAAUACACCUACAGAGAAAGAAAGAAAGAAAGGAAGAAAAAAAGAAAGAAGGAAACAAAAAACGAAAUAAUGAAAGAAAAAAAAAGAGAAAAAGAUAGAUGUUUAUUUAAACUUUACAUUGUUAACGUUAAUAACGUUUAUAUGUGCAUACCGUUAUAGCCCGUCACAACAUCACUAUACCACCACCAACACCACUAUACUACACUACAACCACUACUACUAUUACAAUUAUCACACAUGUACGGCGAGUAUUUGAAACUGGAUAAGAAGAUACUUAAACUAUAUAUACAUAUGUGGAUGCCAAAAAGAAAAAAAGAAAGAAAGCAUAAGAGAUCAAAUAAAAAAGCAUACAAUGAUUUUCACAAGGCUGAAGCCAACAAAGUUCGUUCUGGUAGAUUCGCUCCUUCGCAUCGUCUUCUAUGUUCGCGAACGCCUCUUGUCAACUAAAGAAAUAAAAA